CUGCCCCACUCCGCCGCUCACCUGUCACCGCCCGCGAGGCCGCCCGGCGCGCUCCAAGCCCCGCCCCACGCUUCCAGGCCCCGCCCUGCCCCGCGCGCCGCCGCGCUUCCGGGGGCCGUUAUUGCCCGGGUCACGCUCCUGCCCACCCGCCUCAGGACCCUAGACCAUGGAGGAGCCUGGUAUGCCUCAUGAGUCAGCAGAGGAUUUGUUUCAUUUCAAUGUCGGGGGCUGGCAUUUCUCAGUUCCCAGAAGCAAACUCGCUCAGUUCCCAGACUCCCUGUUAUGGAAGGAGGCUUCAGCGUUGACCUCUUCGGAAAGCCAGAGGCUGUUCAUUGACAGAGAUGGUUCCACAUUCAGGCAUGUGCAUUAUUACCUCUACACCUCCAAACUCUCCUUCUCCAGUUGUGCAGAACUGAACUUGCUCUAUGAGCAAGCACUGGCUUUGCAGCUGAUGCCUUUACUGCAGACUCUAGAUAAUCUGAAGGAAGGGAAAUACCAUCUACGUGUGAGGCCUGCAGACAUACCUGUUGCUGAGAGAGCAUCUUUGAACUACUGGCGAACAUGGAAGUGUAUCAGCAAACCCUCAGAAUUUCCUAUAAAAAGCCCAGCCUUCACAGGCCUACAUGAUAAGGCACCUUUGGGACUUAUGGAUACACCACUGUUAGACACAGAAGAGGACGUGCACUACUGCUUCCUGCCCCUAGACCUAGUGGCCAAGUAUCCAAGCCUGGUAACUGAAGACAAUCUGCUGUGGCUGGCUAAGACCGUGGCCCUCAUCGAGUGCGAGUGCAGCGAGUUCCGCUUCAUUGUGAAUUUUCUCCGCUCACAGAAGAUUUUACUACCAGAUAAUUUCUCCAACAUAGAUGUGUUAGAAGCAGAAGUGGAAAUUCUGGAAAUCCCUGAGCUCAGUGAAGCUGUGAGGUUGUACCGAAUGAACAUGGGUGGCUGUUCCCGGACCUCCUGUCCUCCUCCAAGCCCUGGGAAGGGGGGCCGUGCAGCAGGCCUAGAGUCUGUGAAGCCACUGUACAUGAUGACCCUGGGUCUGCUUGUCAAGUACCCAGACUCCGCACUAGGACAGCUCCGCAUCGAGAGCACUCUGGAUGGAAGUAGACUGUACAUCACUGGGAACGGGGUCCUCUUCCAGCACGUUAAGAACUGGCUGGGGACUUGCCGGCUGCCCCUGACUGAGACCAUUUCUGAGGUGUACGAGCUCUGUGCCUUCCUGGACAAGAGGGACAUCACCUAUGAGCCAAUGAAAGUGGCUCUGAAGACUCAUCUGGAGCCGAGGACUCUGGCACCCAUGGAUGUGCUCAAUGAGGAGUGGACGGCAGAAAUCACUGUGUAUUCCCCUCAACAGAUCGUCAAAGUUUAUGUUGGAAGCCACUGGUAUGCAACCACCUUGCAGACCCUGCUGAAGUAUCCAGAACUGCUGUCCAACCCUCAGAGAGUGUACUGGAUCACAUAUGGACAGACCCUGCUGAUCCACGGGGAUGGCCAAAUGUUUCGACACAUUCUCAACUUCCUGAGACUUGGAAAACUAUUUUUACCAUCUGAAUUUAAGUCAUGGAUCCAGGAGAAAGAAUCUGGAAAUGAAGUUUUUCCCAUCAGAAGGCUGCAUGUGGUGACAGAAGGGCCAGGGUCACUGGUGGAGUUCAGUAGAGAUGCCAAAGAAACCACAGCUUGCAUACCUAUGGAGUUCCAAGACUGCAGUGACAGGACUCCACGGAACAAGGCCAAGGGGACCCUGGCCAGGUCCAGCCAGAUAGAGGAGGCUGAGCAGUACUUCCGGACAAUCCAGGUGUCCCUAUGCCGAGGUGCCAAGAGGGCGGGUAAUCCCAGCACAUACUCACACUGUCCUGGUCUAUGUGCCAACCCUAGACACUGGGGGGCCCACCCUGAGAGUCCUCCCAAGAAGAAGUGUACCACAGUCAACCUCACACAGAAAUCUGAAAGCAAAGACCCUCCUGUCACCCCCAUGCAAAAACUCAUCUCCCUGGUAAGGGAAUGGGACAUGGUCAAUUGCAAACAAUGGGAAUUCCAGCCACUGCCAGGCCCCCCGAGCAGCUCCUUGGAGGAAGCCACCCUGAAGCUCCCCUCAGGAGGUGAGGCUGUUUCCCAGCCCAGCACCUCAGCUUCCUGGAAAGGCCAUUACACAGCCUCAGAGAAGGACCCAGGCCCACAGGCAGGGGCUGGAGCUGGAACCAAAGACAAGGAGCCAGAGCCAACCUUUAAGCCAUACUUCCCCAUGAAAAGAGCUGUCACCUUGAAGGACUGGGGCAAGCAGAGCCCAAAGGAGAGAGAAAGUCCUGCCCCUGAGCAGUCUCUGCCUGAGGCCAGUGAGGUGGACAGCACAGGGGUCAUCCUCAAAGUGACCCACCCCCCCGUGGUGGGUAGUGAUGGCUCCUGCAUGUUCUUUGAGGACAGCAUCAUCUAUACCACACAGAUGGACAACCUCACACACAUGCCACCCACAGCCAGCCCCCAGCCCCGAGAGGUGACUUUCCUGAGUUUCUCUCUGUCCUGGGAAGAGAUGUUUUACGCACAGAAAUGUCACUGCUUCCUGACUGACAUCAUUCUGGAUUCCAUCAGGCAAAAGGACCCCAAAGCCAUCACAGCCAAGGUGGUCUCCCUGGCCAACCGGCUGUGGACCCUGAACAUCAGCCCCAAGCAGUUUGUGGUGGACUUGCUGGCCAUCACUGGCUUCAAGGAUGACCGGUACACCCAGGAACAUCUGUACAGCUGGGUGGAGCUCACGCUGCCUUUUGCCAGGAAAUAUGGCCGCUGUGUGGACCUGCUCAUCCAGAGGGGCCUGUCGAGGUCUGUCUCUUACUCUCUCCUGAGCAAGUAUUUACAAGAUGGCUAAGGUGCCCAGAGAAGCUGCCCCACAAACACCCCAUCCCAUCGCCAAGGUUCAUUUUAACCAGGGAUGUCCCCAGAAUGUGUGUGCCCGUCCAAGGGUGUGUUAGUUUAUUUUUUAUUAUAAACAAAGAAUAAAUCACAA